CACUCACUCACAACCACAUCCUAUCCAAACAUCAUCUUAUUUAUGGCCCGGUCCUCCACCUCCACUUACAUUAUUACAGGCCUCUAGAUUCACCAUUACUCUGCCCUCCAUCAUCAUCACCAUGAGGACUUGAAGUCGGAUUGUUUCCAUAUGGGAACAUCAAACAAACUGAGCAUGCGCACUUACUCUUCCUUGUACACUUGACUUCAGGAUGUUGACGAAGACAUUAGUCCACUCACUGAAAGUGUUGAACCCUGUUAAACACGAACCUCUGCGUCCCGUGUUGACGCAUGAUGAGGCGCUCUUGUGCGUAAAAGGAACAGGACUUUUACGCACAGGGAUAGCUUUUGCGUCAGACUGAGGAAAUGAAGACAGAGAUGAAAAUUGACAACUUGAGAUUGGUCAGCCCUGAUUUGAUCUCAUUAAUUUAAAAAAAUAAGUGGAUUUGUGUUCUAAAAGACACUGAUGCAGACGGUCUGCUCCAAAAGAAAAUCAGAAAAUGCCCAGAUAUGUUGAGUUUUGGACAAAACACCUUAAGACUCUUUUCUCAGAGUAAAACAGCAAGUUGUACUUGACUUUUCCUGCACCCUCCUACUUUUUAAGGUGAUUCAGACUCCCUAAAGUCAGAAUGAAAACCUUAAACAGGCUUGAACGUUUAAUAACACCAGCUAACCAGACAAGAUUCUCUGAAAAACUAGGUUAAAAAAGUGGAGUGGCCCUUUAAAUCUGAUUUAGCAGCAGGGGACAAAGAUUUCCAGUUAUUAUUCAGUUAAAUUCGAAUAAACUCUUAUUUAAAAUAACCUAAUUUCCCAGAGGUAGACUGAGAGAGUCCUUCUCUACUUCCUUUGCGUUUACUCAGAACAAAACACCAACUGUUCAUCUGUGGAUGUCAGAAAUGAAGCUUUUGAAGAACUUAACUCUAAAAUGUGUUCUUAGGUCUUAGACUGACCCUCACAUGAGCUCCAUGUGUGCUUCCGAGACGUAAAUUUUCUAACCAAAUCAAAAGAUCACGAGCCAAGUGACACCAGACCUGCUGAUUUUGAUUUCUCCAGGCCGGUGCGUCAAAGAACAACCGUUUCCAACCUCUCCCUCAAAGUUCUCUGGAGUUGACUCUUUGAUGCUCGACGCUUCAGUGGAGUUUUACGCAGGCGCAGCUUCCCCCGGGUCUGUUAAACAGUAUCUAAUGUGAGAGAUCUUAUCGUGGAUGAGGAACAAGACAUGAAAGAAAACCUGAACGACAGAGUUUACCGGAGCAGAACUCAAGGUGAAGGUGGUUCAGGGUGACAUCUUGGUUCUUAAAAUAAAAACUCAACCCUAAAGCUGCACAAGUCUUCACUUCCCUUCAGUUACAGGAGCUACGACCUUCAGGCAGGAAAUAAAGUUUGGUGAUCAUCAUCUAGACUGAAGUGUCUCCUUCUCCUCUGAUGUUGUUUUCACCUCUCCAUGUUUCCCUCUGCCUGCACAGAUCGGUCAGCAGCGGCACAACAGCUGCUUUGUUCUGCUGCAGGACCCUCUCCUCCUCUGCUGCAUGUGUGGUCUCCACAGAGUCUGACUCGGGGUAAGAAGAUGGACAACAACAGGGAAAUCUAUCUCUCCUUUUUUUAGUCAUCUCUGCAACUUUACGCACGUGCCCAGAGCCGUUCCCUCGCACUUCAAUCAAUACUACACUAAUGGCUUUUCCCGCUUUUUUGCUCACGUUUCACCCGGAUUCUGAGGUGACGAGUGAAGGCAGUAAAGAUUGGAGUUUGUGUUGGAUGUUUGUCAGUCUCAGCCGUUUUGUUCCCGGGAUCCGCGUGCGCACGGUGAUUAGUCGACAUGUCCCGAGCUGUUGUGUAUUGAUUGUUGUGUGUAGACUGUAAUUGUGUGUGUGUAUGUGUGUAUGUGUGUGUUCCAGCUAUUUUUUGCUAUUAUAAUAUUGCAUCCGGAGGGAAGCCCCGUUGGCCAUUGGGCAUUUUGACAUCACAUGGACUCAAGGUCACGUGGUACGCGGAGCACAGGGAGGGAGGGGAGGAUGCGUUGGGUGGGUGGGUGUUUUUGGUGUAAAUCUAGACAGUAAUACCCCGCCAAUAAUUCACGGCGCGUCGUAAAAAGUGGACAUUAAAGCGCCCCAGGCCCACAAAUCAGCGGCGCCAAAUUAUGACUUCGCCUGACUUCGCCAACUCGCUGUUUUCCAAAUACGAACAACAAGGCGCGAGCUGCUCUGCCAUGCUUUUCACAGACUCUCCAACUUCUUCUCCCUUCCCGUCUUCCUCUGUCGCUCCUGGUGUGUCUUCUUCGUGCGCCCUCGUGUCUGGCGGAUAUCACCUCCAUGGAUCCAAUGAGAGAGGCAGCGGGGGACUCCCUCUUCCCCCCUCGUCGUCUUCUUCUUCACCUCCUUCCUGUUCUGUGUCCAUCUCCUCUUCUUCGUCAUUCUGUUCGUCUCUUUUAGGACUGAACAGUGGGAGUAACCAGCCCGGCGAGCAACAUUUUCACCCUGCCGAAGUGCGUAAAGGAGGAGCUCUGCCGCUUCUCGCCUCAGAGCAGAUCCCAGAUCGGUCUCAGCUCUGCCCGCGGCCCGCGGGGCUUUCAGCCUGCAAGAGGCAGAGUAACUCAGAGCAGCAGCAGCAGCAGCAGCAGAGGAGGCAGUCAAACGAGGAGGGGCCACGGAUAUACCCCUGGAUGAGGAGCUCAGGUGAGGAGAGGGAGGAGGAGGAGGAGGAGGUGGUGGGAUAAAAAGUUAUGAACUAAUGAGGCAGGUCUCACAGGUGCGCCCCGGAGAAGAAGCAGAGUUAUUAGAGAAAAGGUUGUGGAAAGUGAGAGCCAGGGGUGGGUGUGUGUGGGAGACAGAGAGACACAGAGAGAGAGAGAAAGAAGUGAGACCAAUAAUCUCGUUAAACGCUCUUUAAACUCUUGGCCCGGUUGCGCAGCGGCCACUGCCGGUAGCUGAACUAUGUCUGCCUGUUUCUCCUCUUUUACAACCCUCUCUCUCUCUUUCUUUUUGCAGAUCUUUUAUGGCUCUGCGACCUCCAUAAAAGCAUAAUUUAAGACUCGGUGAAUAUUCAUUAGGUGGUAUUGUGUUUAAGAAUGGGACUGUGGAGUACAGAGGUGUCUGGAGUUUUAUCACGAAAUGAUUUGAAAAUGAAGGAAACCCCCUGAGAAAGUCUUCCCCCUCUCGCGGUCAUCGCUCAUAUUCAGCGUCGGCUCUGCUCUGCUCUGCCCGGCUCCACUUCGCCUCUCCGCACUGACACCCGUGUGUUUCUCAGUGCUAGCUAACCCACUGAAAGCCCUUUGUGCUAUUGUACCGUCACGACAAUCCGCUAAUACUAUAAACACUAUAAAUUAGCAGAUGGGUUUGAUCUCUGAAUGCCUGCUCUUUCCACCGAUUGUAAAAGCGUCUUUGUGUGACAGCAGCGGGCUGGAUGCUGAAUGGAUUGCUAGGCCUCGGAGCCUCGACGGACAACAAACACAUCCAGCACAAAGAGCAGUUUUAUGUUUGCAUUAAAAUGCGCAGAGGCUGAGGCUGAAAAACCGGAGAAUGUGAUCAGAGUGUUUGUGCGUAAAACGUGCGUAAAAUCUGCGUAAAAGUAAAGAGAGUGGAACAUGGAGGCGCACAGUGGAUCAGAGAGCUGUUCAACUCAUGUGUGAGCUCCAUUAAUACUUCAAACAUAACAUAUCAAACACACACACACACACACAUGCACACACUAUUACUCAGAGUCUAGUCAGGCUGACUUUGACCUGUGUUGAAGAAAUCAGUCCUUCCCGGUCAGCUGGAGUCUCCAGAACAGAUCUUUCCCCAUUUGUUUCCCUCACUGUCACCGUGUGUGUGCGUGUUUGUGUCUGCGCUCGUGUGUGUGUGAGUGUGUGUGCUGAGCAGGGAGCAGUGUUGAGUGUGUGAGAGUGCUUUUCAUUUGGGAAGCCGUUUGAUGGAAUGGGUGGAGAAAUAAAAAUGGCAUCCAUGAAAUUUAAAAGAACUUUAUUUGCUCGAGGCUUCUGGAGUCACACGAACUUUCUGUUGAGCUUCUGAUUUUGUUUGAAAUGAUGAAAUGAGGACAUGAUGAGGAUGAAACGAUGAAAUGAUGAGGAUGAAACGAUCAGUGAUCGAGAAGGAACAGUGGGCGGUGAUUUUUUUAAACAUGUUUAAAAGUAAAACAAUUUAAAAUACCAGAGAAACCCGAAACAAAAACACGGAGAGGAAGAGUGUGUGUGUGUGUGUGUGUGUGUGUGUGUGUGUGUGUGUGUGUGUGUGUGUGUGUGUGUGUGUGUGUGCUCUCUGUGAUGGGGUCGACUCAUCCAGCCUGAAUAAUGAAUUUAUAGAUUUUAAUUUAGAUCUGAUUCCAGUCCAGGGCGCUGGAGAUGAUUGGAGGAAAAAUGUCCCGGAUGUUCCCGUUGACACACGAAUAAGAGAAACACGAGCGCGCGAGCGCUUAUUAUUAAAGGGGGGGUGCUCGAGCUGCUCUGGCAGAGACGCGCACGUGCAGAUUUAUAAGGACACCGACUCACUUGUUUUAUAAAUUGAAUUGUGUGUGUGUGUGUGUGUGUGUGUGUGUGUGUGUGUGUGUGUGUGUGUGUGUGUGUGUGUGUGUGUGUGUGUGUGUGUGUGUGUGUGUGUGUGUGUGUGUGUAAAGAAUUCCAACAUAUAAAUCAGGGACGGCAGCGCGAGCGCAAGAAAAUAUCACCGAUAGAGAUAAACACACACACUUUACGUUCACGCAUACAAACACGCGUGCACGCACUCCAUCACGCACGCUUGCUGACACUCGGUCACGCACACUCACUGACUGCUGCCUCCAAUAACCGGCUCUGCAGAAACAUCAAAAUCUAAUUUCAGCUUUAAAAUCCGAUGAGUGUUGAAUUUAUGGACAGAGUGUUUAUUCCAGGGAUUAGAUUAUCGUUUAUUCUGACAAAAUAAGAUUUUAAUAUGAGGAAUAAACUCUGAGGUUCAUCACUGUGAAGAUCCUCAAACAGAGUUUUUUAUCCAAACACAAGAAAACAGAAAAUAAGAGACUUAAAACAGGUAAAAACUGAUUUUUUAUAUGGAUUAGUGAUCUUGGAUUCUCUUCUUAUAUUUGCUCUGAACUGUAGAAAUAAGAGAUCAGACAACAAAUGCUCAUCUUUGAAAACAGAACAGACAUGGACAAGGAGAAGAAAAUAAAUAAGAUUAGUUAAUAAUUAAAGUGUUGUGACUGAAAAUAGAAGAACAGAAGCUCACCUUUACCCUGACAGAGUUUCUUUAGUGUUCUUGAAAAUGAUGAAUUUUACCUUUAAUUCAGUAUUUUCUAUAUUUAAUUUUGUAAUUUACUCUUCAUGCAGCUUCACAAGAAAACAGAAAAUAAGAGUCUUAGGUCUGGGCAGAUUUUCAUGUCAGUCUGUGAGCUUUGAUUCUCUCCUUAUAUUUGUACUGUACGGUUGAAAUCAGAGACCAGACAACAGAGGCACAUCUUUAACUAAUGAUGGGAAAAAACAGAACAGAGGGGAAAAAAAUAAAUAAGAUUUGUUAAUAAUUAAAGUGUUGUUGUGUUGUCAGCAGUCAGUGAAAGGUUUUACUGUAACAGAGUUUCUUUAGUGUUCUUGAAAAUGAUGAAUUUUUACUUUUACUUCAGUAAUUUUCUGUAUUUAGUUUUAUAAUUUUCUCUUCAUGCAGCUUCUUUUAUCGUGUGCAAACAUCACUGCAGGGUCCGUCUAUUAGAUGAAGUCUAAAUUUCUCUUAAAAUAUCUCAUUACAUUUAAUGAAAGCUACACUGACAUAAAAAAUCCAAAUAUAAAUCAUCCUCUAAAAUAUCUGACGCCCUAAUCUUCCUAAUAAGAUCCUUGAAACAUGAAAAUGCUGCUUUCAGCAUUUGAAUCCAUUUAUACUAAUUAAAGUCGAUGAAGUCCGGAUGUUUGGCCUGAAAUAAAAAUCCUCUCUGCCAGUUCAGAGGAGAGCGGCGCCGACAAAAGAUGCUGCGGAAAUAUUCAGACUCUUCAUCCUGGAUAAAUACAAACUCAAAAUGAUGAUUUUUUUAUAGUUUGGUAUUUAAAGUAAAUAACAAAAAGUCACGAAUGAAAGUUUAAAAUAUACAAUAUGAUUAUAUCUCAGUUUAGAUGUAAAACUCUGCAGGUGUGUGAAUGUUUAGAUCUGCAGCUAAUAUUAAUAAGAUUUGUCCAAACAGCAGAAAUAAAGCGGAUAAUAAAACCUUCCUCCUUCUUGUAAAUAGACUCAGAUCUGUUUCUUAAUUUAGCCGAUUAUUUACACACAUAAAUCCUCCAGAAUGAAGACACACCGGAGUAAACUGAACAGUACAGUAAAGAGAAAAUGUACAUUUCAGGUCUUAAACUGUGAUUUGUUUGAUAUAAACAUCAUUAGAUCUACGUCCACGUCUCUGAGUGUCUGUUCAACUCCCUCCUUUCAGACACAAGCGUCACUUUUAUAGAGACAUCAGCAUGUGUGUGAAGACCUUUACUGUAAACUCCAAAAGCCCGAAUUCUCAGAAAAGUGCAGAAGAAGGUCGUGACCUCCGUGUCCUCGCCGUCGCUCUGACUCUUGUUGAACAUGUGCAGGACUCCAGCAGAGAGCGUAAUAAAGAUCUUACCUGCAGAGUCUCAUUACUGCCAGGACUGAUCUGUGUCUGCGAGCUCUUAAAGUCGGGAGUCUUCUUCGUCUCAUUUUCAGGCAGAGAGAGAAAACGAUUGAAGGUGGAGGAUUUAUGUCCCCGAGAUUUAUGUCUGACAGGGGGAGAGGUACAUCUAAAGGCCUGUUUCCACCUCAAGAACAAGAACAAUCUUUUAGUCCCCAGAGCUACUUUUGAGAUCAGAGAAACUUUCCUCAGGACUUUUGGAAAAACAGUAAAUGACCGUUUUUUACUCCCCAAAGGUUUCAGCUCCACUUUGACUUUAGUUUGGUGACGCACAGGUGUAUUUUUUUUAUAUCAGAGAGGAAAUGCAGAGUAAAAUUAGGAUGCAGGAACCUUUAAGUACCAAAGAAAGAUGCUGAAAGUCCCAUGUUACUUUGUUUACCAUCAUGUCUUAAAAAGUGUUUAGUUAUGGAUCAACAUCAGGAACUUUCCAAACAUAAAACGGACUUCAGGGAAGGAAGAGGAGAACUAGAACCCUCAUAAAAUAUCUCUCAUUGCUUAAACUGUCUUUUUGGUGGAAAUGUGACUUUUGUGCGUCACAGUCCCACCCAAAAAAAGGGGCGUUACUUUGGUUUCAGUUUAGUGAAGCACAGUUGUGUGUUUUUUUGUGUCAGAGCAGAAAUGGAGAGUAAAAUUAGUCUGCAGGAACCUUUAGUUACUGAAUAAAGAAGCUUAAAAGUCCCAUGUAACUUUGUUUACCACCAAGUGUUUAGCUUUGGUUAAACAUCAGGAACUUUUUGAGCAUAAAAGGACUUCAGGAAAACUAAAAACCCUCAUAAAAUAGCUUUGGUACUUUUGGUGGAAAUGUGACUUUUGUGCGUCACAGUCCAACCCAAAAAAGGGGCGUUACUUUGGUUUCAGUUUGGUGAAGCACAUGUUUUUUUUUUUUUCAAUCAGAGUGGAAAUGCAUCGUAAAAUUAGUUUGUAGGAACCUUUAAGUACCAAAGACAGAAGCUCAAAAGCCCCAUGUUACUUUGUUUAUCAUAGAAAGUGUUCAGCUUUGGUUCAACAUCAGGAACUUUUUGAGCAUAAAAGGACUUCAGGAAAACUUGAACCCUUUACAAAAUAGCCCUCAUUGAUUAAGUUCUAUUUACUUUUGGUGGAAAUGUGACUUUUUGUGCGUCACUCCUCUUCUGAUGCAUCAACCUUUUGUGUGAUAAACUCGUAUUAAAAGAACUUCAUUUAGGUCCCUGUCCUGAAAAGUCCCUGUAAAAGGCUCCAGUCUUUCUGGAAAGUCCCUGCAGUGAAAAAGCGUUUAUUGUAUUUGAGAAAUCAGAGUUUGAACUGAGCUGAGCUGAAGUAGACUCCAAAAAUCCAGAGUUUUUUCCCCUGUCACAUGACCCUCGGUGGUUCUGUAGUAUUUCCUGUUUGUGUCUCAUUUACAGCCCUCACUAAACACCAGCUAACGCCGUUAAAGGCCGUGCAAACAGUCACAAAGCCCAUUUUUACAGGCCGCUCGUUUCUUUUUAUUGCCACUCAGAUGACCUGUAGCCUCGGUCAGGGUCUAUUUACAGAUUCCACAGGAUAGCCGAGCGCUGAAGGUGUCUCUGAACAGAUUUACUGAAAAUCAGAGAAUAAUAAUAAUAAAGAUAAUGCAACAAUUCCAGAGUUCAAUCUUAAACCCGUCUGUUCCUCUCUCUUUAUGCUGAGUCUGCAGACUUCAGAGGUUUUUGUGUGUGUGUGUGUGUGUGUGUGUGUGUGUGUGUGUGUGUGUGUGUGUGUGUGUGUGUGUGUGUGUGUGUGUGUGUCCUGCAGACGACCUCUGAGCCGUAAAAAUGUGACCCAGUUUCUCUCUAACCUUCAGGCGCUGCGUGACCUCCUGAACACCGAGGGUCAACCCGGUUUCUCUGCUCUGAUUCCUGCAUAUUUAAGACGCUCAGAUUUACACCUUUCUUUAGAGGAAAUCAGCGCUCUACACAUGUUCUCAUUACGGCUCUGUUUCUGAUGACUUUAUUGAUCCGGAGAAGCUGCAGCUGAAUCCUUCUCCACAAAAACCAUCAGCGUCAACAAUCGGCCACAUUUACAGCGUUCUGCUUUAAUUAUGUAGUGGACUGAAGUCUGCGUACAUCUCCUUUAAGGCCAAACACUCUGAGGUAAAUACAGACAGACGGACAGCUGAACCCACAUUAUUAACCACCUCAUCCUCAAACUGGUUUACGGUGUUUACACAGACACAAGGCAAACCGGGUGAGAGGAAGUGGAGGAGGAAGAGAAUACAAAACACAGACCUGAUGAAGAGGUUAGAAAUAUUUAUUCAUCACGACACAAAGAGAGAGAAAAACAAUUCAAUUGUUUUGCAAAUGUUGGAUUUCAGAUUGUAUUACUUUUUGAUUUUUUAAUGGAGGUGUAGAAAACUUGUGUAGCUGCAGAGCUUCUCCAGUCUGAAAGAAUAAAUAUCUUAAUAUUGUUUUUAAUUCAUCCUCAUGAGAAAAUAACUUGUGUGCAAAACUUCCUAAUUGGUGUUUGCUUGUGUGCACAUUAUCCUCAUUUUCUUUUUUGUUUCAAUAAUAACGUGCAUGAGAGAUAUGAAGCUCAAUAACUUUAACUCCUGAUUUUAAUUACAACGUUCACACAGGAGUUAAUAUCUGAAUAUUCCUUUCUGGGCUUUAGGAUCUCUGUACUGAAGAGUCUUUAUUAGCUUUGAUUAAAUUAUUCCAGUAAUGGGAACCAGUUUUACGCUGAUUGGAAAGUCAAUUUUUUUCUAAUACUCUGUGAAAAAUGAGCGCUGCCUCGCUCUAAAAUAAACCAGCUGACUGAUAAAGUGCUGAAACAUGGUUUUCGAAAAAUAGGCUCCUGUAAGAACAUUUUCACAAAAAGGAAAAGGAGGUUUUGGAGGAUGACUCAAGAGAAAACAAUCAUCUAGAGUUAAAUAGAUUUAAAGACUGUUUCUAUUUUCUAAACUAUGAAACAAAAUAAGAAAUCUAUUUAAAUAUGAAGAGAGGAGCUGCAAAAUAAAGUCAUUUGGUUUCCUGUUUUUGCCUUAAGGACACAUAUCUCUCUAAUGUCAGUGUUUUAAAUCUGAAUGUUUGAUUUUGAUUAAAAUUUGUCCAAUUUGGCUUUUCACUAAAGUUGUUUAAAUAACUUUUAAUAACCUUUUUUCAUUUAUACUUAUUGUUUUUUUAUUUUUUUAAUAUAUCAGGAGGUAAAUUUACUCAGAUAUUAUAUCAUUGAUCUGAAUUUUAACCUCUUUAAGUCAAACCAGGUAAGUUUUUUUGUAAAGGAUGAAGAUUUUAGAUCUGGACAGUUUGGACUUUAAACUUCAGAUUCCAUUUUUUUAUCUGCUCAUCUGUUUUUUUUUAUUAUUAUUAUUUUUUAAUCAUUGAUUUUUCAAUUUAGUGUUUGUUUUUUAUCUGCUCGUCUGUUUUUUUAUUCUUUAAUUAUUUAUGUAUUUAUUGUUUGACUGUUUUUUUUAUUAGUUGGUCUUUUUUAAUUUUAAUCAUUUAUUUUUUUUAUCAUUUAUUUAUUGUUUGUUUUUUUAUCUGCUCAUCUGUUUUGUUUUAUUUCUUUAAACUUUUAUUAAUUAAUUAAUUUAUUGUUUGUUUGUUUUUUAUCUGCUGGUCUGUUUCUUUUUCUCUCCCCGACUGGGACCAGUUAAAACCAGUUUAGACCAGUUUAGAUCAGUUUACCUGUUCGUGUGUGCGCAGGUGCAGACAGGAGGCGCGGCCGUCAGACGUACACGCGCCAUCAGACGCUCGAGCUGGAGAAGGAGUUCCACUUCAACCGGUACCUCACGAGGAGGCGGCGGAUCGAGGUGGCGCACGCGCUCUGCCUCACGGAGCGACAGGUGAAGAUCUGGUUCCAGAACCGGAGGAUGAAGUGGAAGAAGGAGAACCGGGAGACCAGGAGCGGCUCCCCGACCGGGACUUCACCUGCUGCGGGAGGAGAAGAAGAAGAGGAGGAGGUGGAGGAGGAAGAGGAGUGAUGGAGGGACUCUUUGACUGUCUCAGUGUUUGUUUUUUCUUUUUCGCUGAUUCUGAUGAAGUUUUAUUGAAGUUCAUUUUUAUAAAUUUAGAGCUAAAAUGUGAUUUAAUGACAAACUCUCAAACCUUUAAUAUCUGAUUUUUGUUUUUGUCUUUAAACUGUAACAGAAAUAAGGGAGAGAAAACUCCUGUUAAACAUGAUUUUAUCUAAUGUUCCUGACUUCAAUCCAAGAUAAACUUUAUUGAUUAUUAGUUUAGAUUGUUUAUAAUAAAAGUGAAGUUUGUUCUGGUUUGACCUGCAGCAGAAAAAGAUAAAAACAUUUCUCUGAAAUAAGAGCACUGAGGAUUUCUCUGGAAGCUGAGCCUAAUGUCGUGUUUGCAGUUUGUUACUCAGUCAUGUUGUCUGAAUAAAAACCGUCUCUGCAGAGCCUCACUGCUCUAAAAAAAGACCUCCAAAAAACGCCAGGAGGAUUUUCUUUGCACCGACUGAACCCUGUAGAUUAAGAAGAAAAUAAUCCACGAAUUUUGACUUUUAAUCCAUCUGUGAAUGAGUGUUUGAAAAACCUUCUCCAGAGAUGAUUAAAUCCUGAAAAUCUGCACCAGUCGUUUAAAAACAAACGUGUAAUUUCUCAGGAUCUCCUGUUACACUGUGCACAAAAAUCCUCAUAAUCAAACAUAACUACAGUUUUUUAAAAGGUUUUAUUUAUGAUUAACUACCCCGAAAAUAUGGAAAACCUCGCUGCAAACGGUAAGGGAACUUUGGAUUGGAUUGGUGACUUUUGUUAUCGACACAGAUAUUUGUUUUAUUUGGAGUUUUAAAAAACUGUUUUAUUCUAUUCUAACAUGUUCAAACUGAAAUGCACUUUUACUUCAUUCUGUUUAUGUGAAUAAAACAAAACUCGACCUGUU